AUGUCUGAGGCGGGAAAAGUGGCCUCUGGCCUCGGGCUUCCAGGCGAAGUCUCCCAGUGGUCUCUGAAGCGCUAUGGUCGCUUCAUGCUCUUGGACAAUGGGGAGUCCCCUGGGCCUAGCUCGGGAGCUGCAGCAGCAGCCGGCUCGCCCGCUUGGAAGGUUUUUGAAUCCAGUGAAGAAUCUGGGUGUCUCGUUCUCACGAUCGUUGUAUCGGGUCACUUCUUCAUUUCCCAAGGACAGACACUGCUGAACAAGAGCCGAAUGUUUCGUGUCCAGUUUAGUGGGGAGUCCAAGGAAGAGGCGCUGGAGCGCUGCUGUGGCUGUGUGCAGACCCUGGCCCAGUAUGUCACUGUUCAGGAGCCUGACAGCACCACCCAGGAGCUUCAGCAGAACCAAGGCCCACAGGAAGCAGGUGAAAGCCAAGGGAAGGACACACUGCAGCAGGGGCCCUCCCUGACCCUGGAGCAGCACGUGUGUAUGGCAGCUGGGGCAGAUGUUCUACAGGAACGGACCUCAGUGACACAUCUAGCUCAGUCUAUCCUGGCGCCAGAGAAGCUGACCCUUGCCUAUGAAGGAUCUUCAUGGGGAACAGAAGAAUUGGGCCCUUUCCUACGCUUAUGCCUUAUGGAUCAAAACUUCCCAGCAUUUGUGGAAGAGGUGGAAAAGGAACUUAAAAAGAUCACAGGAUUGAGAAACUAAAGCCCUGCACAUGUAUGCAAUUAAGGAA